ACGGCUCCACCGAAGCACGAUGCCAGCGCAGGCAUGGGCUCUGCACACGGCCCUGGUGCACGCGGGGCUGGCAGGUGCGCACUCAGUUCCCAGCUGGCAGGUGUUCACGCGGUGGGGUACAGGCUUACCUAGACUGCUUGGGACAGGUGGCAUUGACAUCCUUGGGGAUCUGGUGACUGCGGUGACCCUGGAUGUGGACACGUUUGGUGCCACUCCAGCCACAGGCGUGAGGCUCACGGGCUCAGGCUGUUUCCCUCUGAUAUCUGCAGGGGGCUGUGGAGAAAGCAGGUGUGUUCCUGCUUCCUCAGUGGUGAAGUGAACAGGUGUGUGCCUGUCACCAAACCUUCUAUGAAAAAGGAUCUGACGUGUUAGGAAGUCUUCUGGUUUUUCAGAUGCCAUUGGACGUGGAGAGCCCCAGCUGGCUUGCUCAGGCUUCCCGUGGAGAAUCGACUUUGCAGACGUGACACUGCCAGCCUGUUUCAAGGUUUGGGGUGAUGCUGCUCGGCCGGGUUUGUCCUGUCCCCGCCCGGGUGUGGCUGCCUUGGGAGCUCUGCGGUGCACCCCCCUGCCCCCCAGGGCAGAGUGAGGCCCGGCGGGCGCCAGGUGGGGCAGAGAUGCGGCACACCCUUCUCAAGGUUAGAACAGCCACCGCCAGGUGUCCGUGAGCCGGCCAGGCCCUUCAGCCCUUCGUGCUGGGAGCAGCCCCACUGGACUCCAGCCCCCGCCUCCCGGUCCUGGUGCUCACACGCUGGGCCUCGGAGCGCUGGCCACCGCUGCCGGUGCCCGGCUGGCAGGCCACACGAGGCUCGCCGCGAGCCCGGUUCUCUCCUGGGCGGCAGCCCACAGGAAGGGUGGUGGCCAUCUCCCUGCCACUGCCCUUGUCUGCCCUACAGGCCUUGGCAUACCCAAGGAUGUGCCAUUUCUGCCUUUGUGGCGUCAGCGCCUUGGGCAGCACCGACCAGCCCGGCUUGCCCGUGCUGUGGCCUGAGGCUGCCCCAGCUCAGCAGCCCCCCAUGCUUCCUUGGCCUGUGCUGGGACUGGUUUCAGGCUAGCUCAGUUCCAGGCCCCAGCGGGGUUUGUGUGUCUCGCCUAGGUCUUACGGCACAAUGAGACGUGUAUUCACGGAAAAGGCGUGGGCAUCUGGAGGUGGGACAAUGUUCACUCUGUCCCCUAAAAUGUGAGCUGAGGUGCAAGCGCUGUGGUCCCUCCCAGGGUCUCUGAGGAGGGCGGCCAGCACGGGCUGAGCACAGGGGGCAGUCUCGAGUCACAGCUGAAAGAGGUGGGCUGUGCCCGGGCCUCUGCCCUGCUGACCAGCUGUGCUGGGAACCGGUACAGCUGCCCGGAGCACUGCCGUCAUGUGCUCCUGGGGCGGGAGGCACCGAUACCUUUCCCCUCUGCGGAGGCAGCUGGCAAGCACAUUCUGGGCCGGGGUUUGGCCGGAGUCUGUGGCGCGUGUCCAAAGCCUCUCUGGCUGGGCUGGUGGAUUAGCAAGGCAACUCUGAAGGCCCUGGGGGAGGCAGUGAAGGCUUAGCAGGCUGGGACUUCCCCAUCUCUCGCUCUCCUCUCUCUCCAGGUGCCAGGAAGCCACUGGCCUGGAAUCUAAAAAAGCCACUGCUGGGCCAGUGCCCUGUACCCGCGGGCCUCUGGCUCAGCCUCAGCCUGCCCAGGAGGGAAGGGGCCUUCUCUGGCCCUGGCUGGCCCUGCAGCGGAGAUUUCCUGAUGGGCCCUCCGGUUUUGUGUUGUGUGCAGAGCACUGCUGGUUGCAUUCCUUGGCCUUUAAAAAGUUGGAUGGUAAACUUUUUGCAUUAGAUGUUUUAGUUUGUUCUCCAGAGGUAGAAACUUAAAAUCAUGCAAACCAGGUCAAUUCACAAGUUCGUACAGACUGAGAAGAAUCAGGGACAAUACUACAUAAAUACAGGUUGGUUUUGCUCUGAUGUCACCCGUGGAAUGGGCUGUUUCCCACUGUGUGGCAGGUUGGACUGCUGACGGCCGAUUUCUCAUGAAACACUUCAAAGGGGAGAUGACACUUCAGGUAGUUUCCAUGGCUUAGAACACAGGUCCCCAUGUCCUUGCUAGAAUAAAGGGACAUAAAUACCUUUCAGGGGGACCUGUUGUGACUGGGACAGCUUCGGGCAACAGUCCCUUCUCUGAUCUAAAUGGAAACCCCAAAGCCAGAAACUCCAAGCCCUGUCAGCUCAGCUGUAGCAGCAUGGACAAAGGGUCCCCUGGGGCUCAGCUGGUGGGCUUGCCCCGACCUGGGCUCUAGCCGAGGCCCGUCUCUCCUGGAAAGGGCUGUCCUUCCGGUCCUCCUGGUCACGCUGCUGGUGGCAGCUUCAUCCAGCAAGCUUUCACAACAUGAGCAAACGCAAUCUUGACAUCAAAGGAGACUUCUCUCUCCCGUCCACAGUGCAGAACAUUCAGUCUCUGGGCUUCACGUAAACAACAGAAAAAGCUACCCUACUCGUCCCAGGGGACCCGGAGUCACGACUGACCAGCACUCGGGAAAUGUAGGGAUGCUGGGAGCCACCCCCGCAGGGUCCCCGCAGACCUGGGCCUGGCCCGAGGCUCAUGGUGCUACAGUGUGCAGCCCGUGGAGGGGGCAGCUAGGAGAGGGGCUGUGCCCAGGGCGUGAGGCCGAGGGGCCAGGCUGGGGGUGUACCGGGCACUGAGGCAGGUCGAGAACACCCCGUCAGGCAGGGAGCCCUUAGUGGACACCGUGUCUCCUAUAGCAUUUGGCCCAAGGCCUUGUGCCUGGAGCUGUCUGAUACAGUUGAUCUGAUUCCGCUGGAUCCAGAGUGGCCUGCUGGUGACCUUGCUGCCUCCACGUCCCUGAAGGGGGCUGCUGGCCUGUCUUGGUUCUGUCCUCACUAUGGCCUUUCGUGACCACCUGGAGGGUCUUGCCAGCAUCAUGGGCUGAACUGUGUUCCCCCCAGAUUCACGAUUCACAUGGAAGUUCUAACCCCCAGGACCUCAGAACUCUACUCUACCUUGUUUGGAAAUGGUCACAACACUGGAGUGGGGACUCCGGUGUGAUGGCAUCCUCGUAAGCAGGGGAGCUUUGAACAGAAACUUCCAGGAGAGCCCCACGCAGACGAAGGCAGGGAUCAGGGUGAUGCUGCUACAAGCCAAGGGCACCAAAGUUGCUGGUAAUCACCCGAAGCCAAAGAGAGGCCUGGAACCAACCCUCCCUCAGAGGCUCAGAAGGAGCCGGCCCUGCCGACACUUUGACCUCGGACUUUGGCCUCCAGAAUUUUGAGGGCAACGACGACGUCUGUUGUUUAAGUCCCUCCCUCUGAGGUCUGGGAUAUUUUGUCACGGCAGCCUGAGCAGACACACAGCCAGCUUCAAGUGCUGCAAGGGAACGCCAUACCAUCAGUGGCCAUCCCUGACCCCAAAGACAGGUUCCAGGGCAAACCCUGCUCCAGUGCCUGUCCCCUUCUCCUGCCUCUUCUCAUGUCCUGCAAUCUGAGCUGCAUCUCGGACCCUGGCUGCGGCAGCAGUCAGCAAAGAUCAGCCUGCUGGAACACAUUUUUCUUAAAAGCCUACUGGUUGUGUCCCUAGAGGUAGGGCCCCAAGGGGCUGUGGCAGAGGGAAUGCACCACCCAGGAUGUGAUGGUUCCGUCUCUGGGGAGCAGACUGGACACUGCCACGUGUCCUGCAACCUACGACCCAGAGACACUGUGGAGGGCAGGAGUAUGUGUGUGGGGACCCCUGGUGGGAAAGGCCACUCGCUUGGGGACUGGCUGAGCAAGAGGGAAGCCCGGCGGGGUCUCUGAGCAGGAGGCAGUGCCCUCGAGGCAGUUUGGGGAAAACCGCUGAGAGUGAUGCAAGCCUGUGGGAAGGUGGAAAUGGCGGGUAGGGAGGUGGGGGGCCUUGGACCUCCUCUACAGCUUGGCCGACCUGUGCUGCUUCAGACAUGGGGGAGGCCCCUGGCUUUCCCGGAGGUGGACAGCAGGCCCUCCCCAUGACCUUGGGACUUGCUUUGCCCCUGAUCCCAUCCCCUGGCCAUCCUCAGGGGCUCUGUCCGGGUGGUUCUGCCUGUCCUCUUUAAGGCACCUUCUAGGUCCAGCUGUGGGGCUGGGAGGGGAGCCAGGAAGAUCUGACCCCUUUGGCUGGGCAGGGUGACAGGUGGGCUGAAAGAUGAGUCACUAAACAUGAUCCUGGCCGCAGGGGGUGGGGAGCAGCUCAGUUUCAGACCCUCUUGAGGGUGAGCAUGACCGUGCAGCUUUAUAUAGCUCCCUGCGCCCUAUAUAAGUUACAAGCAAGGUCUCAUCAGACAGAACUCUCAUGCUGAUCUGGUCUGGGCCAGGCACAUCCCUCACCUUGGUGCAGUAGGGUCCCAGAGGGACAGCCAACCCCAUAGCCCCCAGAAUGCCCAGCAGAACUGCUCGCUAUGCCCGCUACAGCCCACGGCAGCGGCGCCGGAGGUUGUUGGCCGAUCGCAGUGUGCGUUUCCCCAACGAUGUCCUGUUCUUGGACCACAUCCGUCAGGGUGACCUGGAGCAGGUGGGGCGCUUCCUCCGGGCCCGGAAGGUCUCCCUGGCCACCAUCCACCCCUCAGGCCUGGCUGCCCUGCAUGAAGCUGUGCUCUCUGGAAACCUGGACUGCGUGAAGCUGCUGGUCAAAUACGGGGCCGACAUUCACCAGCGGGACGAGGUGGGCUGGACGCCCCUGCACAUUGCCUGCAGCGACGGGUACCCUGACAUAGCCAGGUACCUCAUCUCCCUGGGGGCAGACAGAGAUGCAGCCAACAACGAUGGCGACCUGCCCUCUGACCUCAUCGACCCGGACUUCAAGGACCUGGUGGAGCUCUUCAAAGGGACCAAGAUGGACUGAGCCAGCUCUGCCCUUGGGGUCGCCUCCCUGGAGAAGCCGGCGCCGCCCCCAGGCGCCAGGACCCUGCCCCACACCCAGGACCCUGCCCCACACCCACCUUUCUGGCCUGGCUUUUUCUCCAGGUGAAUUUUUAUUGUGACACUUUUUACUUUUUCAA